UGUAAGAGAAGAAGAGACCCCUUGGGUCAUUUAGCCCAACCCCCCUCAGCCCAAGUGCCGUGGGGGCCGGAUAAAUGGCUUCGGUGGGCCGCAUCCGGCCCCCGGGCCUUAGUUUGGGGACCCCUGGUCCAGAUUCAUGGUCACUUUGGUUCGCAGCGCUUUCUGGAUGUGGGUGAAUUAAAGCUCUGAAAACAUUUGCGCAUUGGGUGUGUGUGUGUGUGUGUGUGUGUGUGUGUGUGGGCCAUGUUUGGUCCAGAUCCAUCUCUGUUGGGAUUUGCCUGAUCUUUUGAGGUGAGUGUAUGUACUUCACAUCCCAUCAUCCAGGGCCCAUCCCCUGCCAAACCCUACCUGGACUUCAAGUGGGUCAUAGGGUGUGUGUGUGUGUGUGUGUGUGUGUGUGGGCCAUGUUUGGUCCAGAUCCAUCUCUGUUGGGAUUUGCCUGAUCUUUUGAGGUGAGUGUAUGUACUUCACAUCCCAUCAUCCAGGGCCCAUCCCCUGCCAAACCCUACCUGGACUUCAAGUGGGUCAUGGGGUGUGUGUGUGUGUGUGUGUGUGUGUGGGCCAUGUUUGGUCCAGAUCCAUCUCUGUUGGGAUUUGCCUGAUCUUUUGAGGUGAGUGUAUGUACUUCACAUCCCAUCAUCCAGGGCCCAUCCCCUGCCAAACCCUACCUGGACUUCAAGUGGGUCAUGGGGUGUGUGUGUGUGUGUGUGUGUGUGUGUGGGCCAUGUUUGGUCCAGAUCCAUCUCUGUUGGGAUUUGCCUGAUCUUUUGAGGUGAGUGUAUGUACUUCACAUCCCAUCAUCCAGGGCCCAUCCCCUGCCAAACCCUACCUGGACUUCAAGUGGGUCAUGGGGUGUGUGUGUGUGUGUGUGUGUGUGUGGGCCAUGUUUGGUCCAGAUCCAUCUCUGUUGGGAUUUGCCUGAUCUUUUGAGGUGAGUGUAUGUACUUCACAUCCCAUCAUCCAGGGCCCAUCCCCUGCCAAACCCUACCUGGACUUCAAGUGGGUCAUGGGGUGUGUGUGUGUGUGUGUGUGUGUGUGUGGGCCAUGUUUGGUCCAGAUCCAUCUCUGUUGGGAUUUGCCUGAUCUUUUGAGGUGAGUGUAUGUACUUCACAUCCCAUCAUCCAGGGCCCAUCCCCUGCCAAACCCUACCUGGACUUCAAGUGGGUCAUGGGGUGUGUGUGUGUGUGUGUGUGUGUGGGCCAUGUUUGGUCCAGAUCCAUCUCUGUUGGGAUUUGCCUGAUCUUUUGAGGUGAGUGUAUGUACUUCACAUCCCAUCAUCCAGGGCCCAUCCCCUGCCAAACCCUACCUGGACUUCAAGUGGGUCAUGGGGUGUGUGUGUGUGUGUGUGUGUGUGUGGGGGCCAUGUUUGGUCCAGAUCCAUCUCUGUUGGGAUUUGCCUGAUCUUUUGAGGUGAGUAUAUGUACUUCACAUCCCAUCAUCCAGGGCCCAUCCCCUGCCAAACCCUACCUGGACUUCAAGUGGGUCAUGGGGUGUGUGUGUGUGUGUGUGUGUGUGGGGGCCAUGUUUGGUCCAGAUCCAUCUCUGUUGGGAUUUGCCUGAUCUUUUGAGGUGAGUGUAUGUACUUCACAUCCCAUCAUCCAGGGCCCAUCCCCUGCCAAACCCUACCUGGACUUCAAGUGGGUCAUGGGGUGUGUGUGUGUGUGUGUGUGUGCCAGGUGUGGUCCUCUCCCUUUGGAGGCUCAGCCCCGCCUCUCGAUGGGCGCCUCCUCGUGGCCGCCAUGUCCAGUCCGGGCGGAAGUCGAGCGAGAGGGAGGCCUCCGCUGCCCAGAGAGGCGGGAGGAAGUGCUCAGGAGGGGAGGGGAGGGUGAGGCCCUUCCCUCUGAGCUCACUUCCGGAGGGGGGAGCGGGGCCUUGUCCUGGCGCCCUCCCUUCCAGGCCUGGGCCUCGCGUGGGCCUCCUCUCCCGGGUGUUUGGGCCUGGCCUCCCUCAGGGACUCCGACACAUCAUACUGCUGAGCUGAGCUGGAGGUAAUACGAGGCUGCAACACAUCCACUGCUCCCCAUUCAGGAGCAAAGGAAGGGCGGGAAGGAUGUAAGUACCCUCCGGAGGCAGGAAGAGGAGGGCAGAGGGGCCUGCAAAGAAAGGUAACUUCUGAACAAGUUCUGCGAAGAACAUCUUGUGAGAGUUUUGCCCGAGGAAUGCUCUAAGUCUAAAGUGAAUUCAAGAUGCACAGCAAUGACAACAAGAAGAAAUAAGUACUAGAAAAAUACAUUUCAAGCUAAAUGCCUGUGCAAUUAUAAGGGGGGAAAUAAGAUUGUGCUGAAGAAAGAGACACUUGCUGAAAGUGAGAAGAAUGCUAAAGUAAUACAAAGACUAUGCUGUUCGGGAGGUUAUAUCUGUGAACCCCUGGCAUGAUAUUUGAAUUAUAAUUGUAAAAGAAUGGCAAGUCCUCCACCUCCCUAUCAUGGAUCACACACAGGGGAGAAGUUACAUCAGUGUAUGGAAUGUGGGAAACAAUUUGAUAGGAAAAGUCAUCUUACUAGACAUGAACGCACCCACACAGGGGAGAAGCCUUAUAAAUGCAUGGAAUGUGGAGGAAGCUUCAGUCGCAGUGGCAGCCUACGUUCCCAUCAAAGGACCCACACAGGGGAGAAGCCAUAUAAAUGUAUGAAAUGUGGAGGAAGCUUCAGUCGCAGUGGCAGCCUACGUUCCCAUCAAAGGACCCACACAGGGGAGAAGCCCUAUAAAUGCAUGGAAUGUGGAAAGAGCUUCAGUCAGAGUGGCCAUCUACGUUCCCAUCAAAGGACCCACACGGGGGAGAAACCACAUAAAUGCUUGGAAUGUGGAGAAAGCUUCAGUCGCAGUGACAGCCUACGUUCCCAUCAAAGGAAGCACACAGGGGAGAAGCCCUAUAAAUGCAUGGAAUGUGGAAAGAGCUUCAGUCAGAGUGGCCAUCUACGUUCCCAUGAAAGGACCCACACAGGGGAGAAGCCAUAUAAAUGCAUGGAAUGUGGAGAAAGCUUCAGUUGGAGUGGCAGCCUACGUUCCCAUCAAAGGAAGCACACAGGGGAGAAGCUCUAUGAAUGCAUGGAAUGUGGGAAGAGCUUCAGUCAGAGUGGCCAUCUACGUUCCCAUCAAAGGACCCACACGGGGGAGAAGCCAUAUAAAUGCAUGGAAUGUGGAGAAAGCUUCAGUCACGGAAGUCUACGUUCCCAUCAAAGGAAGCACACAGGGGAGAAGCCACAUAAAUGCAUGGAAUGUGGAAAAAGUUUCAGUGAGAUUGGCAAUCUGCGUUCCCAUCAAAGGACCCACACAGGGGAGAAGCCACAUAAAUGCAUGGAAUGUGGACAAAGCUUCAGUCGGAGUGGACAUCUACGUUCCCAUGAAAGGACCCACACAGGGGAGAAGCCAUAUAAAUGCAUGGAAUGUGGAGAAAGCUUCAGUUGGAGUGGCAGCCUACGUUCCCAUCAAAGGAAGCACACAGAGGAGAAGCCAUAUAAAUGCAUGGAAUGUGGAGAAAGCUUCAGUUGGAGUGACAGCCUACGUUCCCAUCAAAGGAAGCACACAGGGGAGAAGCCCUAUAAAUGCAUGGAAUGUGGAGAAAGCUUCUGUCAGAGAAGCAGUCUAUGUUCCCAUAAAAUGACCCACACGGGGGAGAAGCCCUAUAAAUGCAUGGAAUGUGGAGAAAGCUUCCGUCGGAGUGACAGUCUACGUUCCCAUCAAAGGAAGCACACAGGAGAGAAGCCAUAUGAAUGCAUGGAAUGUGGAAAGAGCUUCCGUUGGAGUGGCAGUCUACAUUCCCAUCAAAAGACUCACAGGGGAGAUGCCAUAUAAAUGCAUAGAAUUUGGAGAAGGCUUCAGUCAGAGUGACCAUCUGCAUUUCCAUCAAAGGACCCACACAGGGGAGAAGCCAUAUAAAUGUACCGAAUGUGAAAAGAGCUUUAGAAAAAGUUCAGUAUACAGUAGACAUCACAGAACUCAUGUACCUCUAGAGGAGACGGGCCUUUGAUUUUCCGAGCUCUCUCUAAAAAAGCACUGCAAGGAAAGAGGAAGGCCAGCACCUUGCUCUCUCUCCCCCAGAACUGCAGUUUGUGUGGCCUUGGCUGACGACUACUGGGAGCAGGUGUCACUCAGAGGGGCUCUUUUCUCAGGAUUGCAGCAAGCUUCGAACUUCGGCCAAGAACUCGAACACUGUUUCCAUCCUAAAUACCUUGGUGUCACCUUAGAUCGAACACUAACAUAUAGGAAACACUGCCUGAACACCAAGCACAAAGUACCUGCGCGCAACAACAUCCUGCGGAAACUGACUGGCAGCGCAUGGGGUGCAGACCCACAAUUAAUAAGAACAUCAGCCCUGGCCUUGUCUUUCUCAACUGCUGAGUCUGCCUGUCCUGUCUGGCACAAGUCUGCCCAUGCAAAGCAGGUGGACAUAGCACUGAACGAAACAUGCAGAAUCAUCACGGGAUGCCUUAAACCUACACCUGUUGAUAAACUCUACAAGUUAGCUGGCAUUGCUCCUCCUGACGUGCGACGGGAAGUUGCUGCUAAUGGUGAGAGAAAUAAGGUCGAACAUUGUGAAAGCCACCCACUGCAUGACUAUCAGCCUCCUCCCACCAGACUCAAAUCAAGGAAGGGCUUCAUGAGAACCACCACUCCUCUUGAUGUUCCUCCAGCAACAGCAAGGGUGUCCCUCUGGGCAGCUAAACCUGGCAAUCCCAACUGGAUGACCCCCCAUAAGGGUCUUCCUUCCUCCAGGGGCAAACCAAGAAUGGGCAACUUGGAAGUCCCUGAACAGACUCAGAAGCGGAGUGGGCAGAUCUAAAGACAACUUGGCAAGAUGGCACUACCUGGAGGAAUCCUCCACCUUGUGUGACUGUGGAGCAGAACAAACAACUCCGCAUAUGUAUGCUUGCCCACAAUGCCCUGCCUCAUGUACGGAGGAGGAGUUGUCUAAAGCUACGGACAAUGCGGUUGCUAUUGCCCGCUUUUAGUCCAAAACUAUUUAGUUGCUUGUGAUUUCCUUUUUUUCAUCAUUUUAAAAUGAAAUUGUUUGCAAUGCUUUUUGACACGAAAUAAAUAAAGCAAGCUUCGAAGGGAUUCACCUAACUUCCUCCCCAAGGAGACCCAUCGCAGGCUUCUAUGAUGAUCUGUGAACAUUUGCUGAAAUGCGCAGCAGCUGAGAUCUCGGGAUAAAAGGUUCUGAAAAAGAAUAGCUCUUUGGUAGCAGAUAACAUCAUAUCUUCAUACUCCUUACUCAUGUCUUGGCUCUGCUUCAUUCAACGGCAUUGAAUGUUUGCUGUGCAUGUGUAUUGUGUGGACUGUGAUCUGCCCUGAGUCCCUUUGGGGAGAUAGAGCGGAAUAUGAAUAAAGUGUUGUUAUUAUUAUUAUUAUUAUUUUGGGCUCUAGUUCUGUACCUGUAACCUUUUUCUGGACUUUGUUGUAUACUGAAUCAUUGACUCUAAAUUCUGGACUGACGUCCUGGUUUCGUUUAUGGACUGGACUUUGUUUGUAUCCCUGACUUGCUGGCUUGAUUUUGGGACUCUAAAUUCAGUUUGCACUCUUGAUAUCUUGGUUGUUAUUUGAUGAAAUCUGCUUAAUGAACUCUUGGCAUAUGACUAUUGGUCUGUAUCCUUGGGUCUUGUUUAUUUUUGCUCCUGACCUGGAUCUGCAGUACUCGACUUGUCUGCAUUAAUUGGACUCUUGACCUGCACUUGUGUUCCUUGUUCCUUCGACUGUGUUGCUCCAAUUGCAUUAUUUUUAGCCCAGUGGUUUCCAACUAGGGAUCAGCUGACCAGGGACCACUCUCCAACAUUAGUACCAAAAGGGUUACGAAUCAGUUUUUGGUCAACUUUAGAUUUGGUUUUGUUAUUUGGGGUGCUGAUUCAGAAAAUGGCAUUGGACAGACCACAUCAGCUCUAGUUCCUGAUACAGAACACAUGCCACCCAGUAGUCGCCAUCUGCUCGCCCACAGAAAACCAUAUUCAAUAAGCCUCGGCACUAUAAGAGGGUUUUGCGAGACUACGCGCUCUCAUCGCAAUGGUGUAGUAAUGGUGAGGCCGUGGACCCUAUUUAAGCUCUUGCGGACCAUUGGUGGCCCACGGACCACAGGUUGGCAACCACUGUUUUAGCCGGACCAAAGACUUCAGUUUUCCUGUAAGUUAAUAUGGUCUUGGCUUAUCUUGUGUUUGUUUAAUAAACCUCAGAGUUUAUACUAGGAGAGCCCUGGAACAAGAGACCAUCACGCUUCAUGUGCAAUUAUCAUUGCUUACAGUGAAUCAUUUUUGGUAUUUGGGACUGUUUAAUCCCCACCUUUGGCAAAGGGUCCAUUAGGAUACACAACAUAUCUCCCUAACAGCAGGGAAUGGAAGGCAAAGAAUGAUGACAACGACUGAUGUACAUUCAUGAAUCAGUUCAGAUGGACACAUUAACUAAAUUGAUGAAGUAUAGAGUACAGAACAGUAUUGAAAGGAGAUAAACAGAUAAUCAUAUAGUGAGUGAGAGGUUUCUAGACUGUGGUGUGGGGUCCAUUAAUUUUGUUCUUAUUGUGCAAAGUGUGUGUCCUUGUUCCCUUUAUAUUUGUUAAGUAGUCCUUUUUUUUAAAAGGUACCAAAAUUAUAAUUUGUGUAAAAAAAAUUAAAUGCCAAAAUUGUAAUUUGUGUAAAAAAAAUUAAAUGCCAAAAUUGUAAUUUGUGUAAACAUGCUUUGAUUUGUUUUUCUUUUUCUGUGUUUGAAUAAAAUGUUUUUUUUAAAUAAAAUGUGAUAGAGCAGCUUUAAAAA